UUCUCAGAAAAUGUUUGUCAUAUUUGGUUUUCUGUUGAUGAUCGCAGUGGGCUGCUGCACAAAUGAUCAAAACCUUGAGAUAAAGACUGUUGCCGCUCAACAAAACAUGACUUUGACGUGUCCUCGUACAUUUGGACACAAAGAAGUAUUCUUUUGGAUCAGAAUCGUUUCUGGUCACCAGCCGGAAUUCUUAGGAGGAACAUUUGGCUUUGAUUACAAUAAAGGAGUGAAUCAGACUCCUUAUUUUACAACCAAACAAGAACAUGGAACUUUUAUUCUGUACAUUAAUCAAACUCAGAUCAGUGACACUGGACUUUACUACUGCAUCCGAACUCAGUCCCUUAAAAUGGCCUUCAGGAGACGAGUGUUUCUCAAGGUUGAAGGACCACAAUCUGCCAUCUCUAACAUCAUUCCAGCCCGUCCAUCAGACGACGUUCUUCCAGGAGAAUCUGUAUGUUUCAACAAUUUCUUUAGGAAGGUCACUGUCUCUGAUGACGGCACUUAUUACUGUGCUGUGGCUGCAUGUGGAGAGGUCAUGUUUGGAAAUGGAGCGAAAGUGGAAGAUUCCAACACAAGAGCUUUGAAUAAUACAGAAAUAGCUCUCUGCAUUCUCUGUGUUGCUUUGGCUGCAAGUUUGACUGUUUCAGUCUGUCUCAUUUGGAACAUCAAGAAGAAGAACAGUGACAGCGGUGCUGAAACAACCAGCAGUGAUCAACAGAGAGAUGAAACUUCAUUGACCUAUUCUGCACCAACAUUCAGCAAGAGAAAAAUCACCAAAGAAGAAAGAGGAAACACACCCUCACCUCGGAAAGAGACGAUCUACAGUGAUGUGCGUUUUCACCACUAAAGAAUAAUUUACACUCUUCAUCUGUUAAAGGGCAGCAAGGUUUUUGUUUGUUUUUUUGUUUAGUUUUUUUACUGAUGACACCAGCUUACAUGCAUGUAUGUACAUAAAGUGAAAAUAAUAAUAAUAACUUACAGUGUCUCACGUUCCUGUAAUCAAGCAGUAAAAUCAAGAGUUUCUUGUAUGAUUAGGAGAUUUCUUUCUUUUAUGAAGACUCAUACUUAAAUAUAUCAAUGCACAUGUAAUUAACUUGUACUCUUUUAAAAAGUUACCAAAAUAAAGAAGGAAACAUGCCCUCGACUCAUA